GGCGGCCAAUGGUGGUUCCCGUUGCUGCCGGGUGCGCCGUGUUUUUGUUUUGGGUCGAAGUUGAGGCCCGAGCGGACGCGGCGGCGGCGCCGGGCCCAGGCCGGACCGCCGGGACCCCCCCGGGACCCCCCCCGGGACACCCCCGGGACCCCCCCCGGCCCCUCCUCACCCCCCUUCCCCCCCGCCAUGCGCAGGGACAUGAACGGGGUCACCAAGAGCCGCUUUGAGAUGUUCUCAAACAACGAUGAGGCCGUGAUCAACAAAAAACUGCCCAAGGAGCUGCUGCUGAGAAUUUUCUCCUUCCUGGAUGUGGUCACUCUGUGUCGCUGUGCUCAAGUUUCCAGGGCAUGGAAUGUUCUGGCCCUGGAUGGCAGUAACUGGCAGCGAAUUGACCUGUUUGAUUUCCAGAGGGACAUUGAGGGCCGGGUGGUCGAGAACAUUUCCAAGAGAUGUGGGGGAUUCCUGCGGAAGCUGAGCCUGAGGGGCUGCCUGGGAGUGGGGGACAACGCCUUAAGGACCUUUGCCCAGAACUGCAGGAACAUCGAGGUGCUGAACCUCAAUGGCUGCACCAAGAUCACGGACGCCACCUGCAUGAGCCUCAGCAAGUUCUGCUCCAAACUCAGGCACCUGGACUUGGCCUCCUGCACCUCCAUAACCAACCUGUCCCUGAAAGCACUGAGCGAGGGAUGCCCGCUGCUGGAACAGCUCAUCAUCUCCUGGUGCGACCAAGUGACCAAGGACGGGAUCCAGGCCCUGGUCAGGGGCUGUGGGGGGCUCAAAGCCCUGUCCCUGAAGGGCUGCACCCAGCUCGAGGAUGAGGCCCUGAAGUACAUUGGAGCACAUUGCCCCGAGCUGGUGACUUUAAACCUCCAAACCUGCUUGCAAAUCACGGACGACGGGCUGAUCACCAUCUGCAGGGGCUGCCACAAGCUGCAGUCCCUGUGUGCCUCCGGCUGCUCCAACAUCACCGACGCCAUCCUCAACGCCCUGGGGCAGAACUGCCCUCGCCUCAGAAUAUUGGAGGUGGCGAGGUGUUCCCAGCUGACCGACGUGGGCUUCACCACCCUGGCCAGGAACUGCCAUGAGCUUGAAAAAAUGGACCUGGAAGAGUGUGUCCAGAUAACAGACAGCACCCUAAUCCAGCUUUCCAUACACUGUCCACGGCUCCAAGUCCUGAGUUUAUCCCACUGUGAGCUGAUCACGGACGACGGGAUCCGUCACCUCGGGAACGGCGCCUGCGCCCACGACCGGCUGGAGGUGAUCGAGCUGGACAACUGUCCCCUCAUCACCGAUGCCUCCCUGGAGCACCUCAAGAGCUGCCACAGCCUGGAGAGGAUAGAGCUGUACGACUGCCAGCAGAUCACCCGGGCAGGGAUCAAGAGACUCAGGACCCACCUCCCCAACAUCAAGGUCCACGCCUACUUCGCCCCGGUGACCCCCCCGCCCUCGGUGGGCGGGAGCCGGCAGCGCUUCUGCAGAUGCUGCAUCAUCCUAUGACGCUGGAACGCUCAUCCCGGCAAACUGAGGCUGGAAUUGCGCCCGUGGCAUUCCGGGGGACACACCAGUAUCUUGGAGGGAGGCGAUCCCGGUGUCGUUUGCGAGGGCCCGUGAGCGGGGCCGGGAGCCCCCCGGAGCCCCCCGGGAUCCCCCCUGUGCCGGCGGGAACGGGGACUCGGCGGGAGCCGCAGCUGGGACAGCUUUGGAUCGGGGGAAUCCCGGCCCAUCCCCGCUGGGCUUGCUCAGCUGAACCCCCCCCUGUGGGAAGGACGGGAGGGCUUCCGACCCGGAAUGACUGAUGCUGCUGGUGGGGUUGGAAUAGGAAGCGGAAUCCUUGGAAGUGGGGGUUGAGGGAGAGGAGAGGGACUCGCUUUGACCCCCACAGCCGUUGUCCAGGAGGGAAAAAAACCCCAACAAACCUGAAAAUCCCAACAAGCUCCAUGUCCAUUUUUCAACGAGGGAGUGAAGGAGCAGCUGCUGAGCCGGGAUCCCCCUGGGAGCCAGGAUUUACUUGGAACCCAGGAUGUCCCUGGGAGCCAGGGAUCCCCUGUGCUCCCCCCUGACCGUGCUCUCUCCCAUAUCCACACUGUCCAGCUCGGAGGCUUUCCCAGGUGCUUGUGGUAGACCUUGGAAUCUGUGAUGUCAGAGUUUUUGACCUUCCCCACCUCCUGCUUUUUUCCUUUUUUUUUGGUUUGGUUUUUUUUUUUUUCCUUUCAGCGGGUUUUUAUUCAGUCAUUUCUUUGACAUCUCCCAGCCCAAAGUGACGAAUCCUUAAUUUCAGUUUUAAAAAGGAAAUUUUUGUUUUCCCAGGAGAAGCCCGAGCCUGUCAGGAAGGUUUUUAAGGAGCAGGUCGAGCUGCACCCCAGGCUGGGCUCUCAUGGGAUUUCUUGACCUGUUUGAGCAGGGAUUGGGUGUCCAAAUUUAUUCUGAUUUCAGGUUUUAUCCCAGUGACAAGGAUAUAAUUCCCAAUACAGGGAAUAAUAUAUAUAUAUUUAUAUAUAAUUCUCAAUGCAGGGAUAAAGUUCUAGUCUGUGUUCCAGCGACUGUAACUUCCCUCCUCCUGUCCUUUCCCUCCAUCCCUUCAUCUUAUCCCCAAGGAAAAGCAAAGUAGAACCUCUUUGCUUGUUGCCCUCAUGAAGAAAUAAGGAUUCCCUGAUGGAGCAGGUCUGGGAGCCGCCCUGGCUCCAGGGAGCACUGGGGGCUUUCCCCACCUUCCCACCUUCCACAGGUAAGUGUGGAACCCCCAGGAGGACCCACAGGGAUGGAAAGGGGUUGGGAUGAGCCAGGCCCAGCUCGGGGGGGGGAGGGAGGGAAGGGGGGGGGUUGGGGGCUGGUUUUGGGGGCGUUUCAGGCAAAAUCAGCGCAGGUGCUCCAGGGGAGCACAGAGAGCACGGACUGAUCCGGGCAUUCCAGGUGCCCGGGGUGGAACUGCUGGGCAGAUCCCAAGGGUUUAAGGGGGCAGGGCCUGGAUCAGGCUCCGGGGGGAGCUGAGCUGUGUCAGUCAUUCCCGCUGGCUGGAAGGAGCCCUCGUGUCCGUGGAUAUUCCCGCCCGGCUGGGGCUGAACCACCGAGGAACUGGGGCCUCCCCUCGGUCCUGAGGAAUUCCUUUGGUGGGAGAAGAGCAGGUGCAGCACCAGGAAUGGCUCCUCCAGGGUCUGGGGGGGUUGUUUUUUCACCAGGAGUUUGCUCCAAGGACAACGAGCUGCUUCCCAGGCUCUCCAGGCACAGGAGGGCCCCCGGGGGCUGCACUCCCUCCACCUCCCCCAGUCCCCCCAGUCUGUGCUCACGGUCUGCUGGGAGGAACUCCAGGCUGCUGUGGUUAAAAGGAUACUGUCAAUGCCUUCCUGUAGAUGCUUUUGAUCCCUUAUAUUUAUUCAAAUCCCCUUUAGCGCUGUGGAUUCUCCCUCUCUCCUCGAGAGAGAGGGGCUUCAUUUCCAGAACUUUCUCCAGGUUUCAGUGUGGCAGAGGAUGGUGAUCACCCAGCAAUCACAGGAUUUGCACAACUCUGGGGAAAAAAGCAAAACAAACCACUUUGUUCAGCUCAUACUGUGGCAGGGGAGAGCGAAAAGUGGGAUUUCGGAGGCGGGGUGUAGUUGGAUGACUGGAUUCCUUUGGAACAGAGCAGAGUUUUCCAGGGAAAACUCAAGAACACAGAACCCAAAGCAUUCUCUUUUUCUGUUUGCCAACCAGGGUGGCAGCAUUAAGGUAGCUCAAAACUACUUGACAGUGUCCUUUUAAAUCAAUUAUCCGUCUUCAAAUGGACUCUUCCUGAUGUUUGUAUUUAUAAGUACCAAUAAACACCAUUUUCCAA